CAAUUAUCUACCUUCGCAUCUGCCGAGUCCGCGCAUUCUCUUAUUCUCUUCUACGAAGACGCGAGAGCCCGGGUGAACAUGAUGGAAAAUAUCCUUAUAUCCCCUGAUUCACUAGCAGCUUCUGCCGGUGCGUCAGGUCAGACUGAUCCUGACGCCAGUCCUGCAUCGGAUUCUGAGAAUGGAAUCCGCAAUGUCAAGCUACAGCUUGGCAUCCUACAAAGGAGACCUCGCCGGGAGCAGGAAAGAACCUACAGUGAACUGUCUGCCAAGUAUCUUCCAGCUCUUGUCGCCAGAUUCAAAGGAUGCUCUGAUCCUUUGAACGCGUCGAUGACUCUGAUUAACGCUGUAAGCCAUACACCAUACUUCGUCCGAUUUCUACGGACGGAUGCUGGUCGCGGCCUCGCUGCGUUACAAGCCACGCGCAUGGCUUCGCUUGAAGCAGAUGAUGCCAGGCCAGAACAGACUGCCGAGAUGUGCCAAUUCCUGGCUACACUUUUGCUCCUGCAAGGGACAUCUGACAUAGAGGAUGCGGAUAAACGAAAGCUCGUGAUGAAGCUCCAGCUAUGGAAGCGCAAGCACAACAGCUCAUACGCGUCUGAGACUAGUGAGAGAUGUUUGGGCAUACUGACAAAUGACCCGCACAUGCAGGAUAUGUUGAACAUGGUCAAACGCAUGUCGACAAAAGGCGUCGAAGAAUGCGGUGCUCAGGGAUGUGGUCGUCGCCAGAUGGCUACAGGGCCCGACCUCUUGCAAUGCUCCAGGUGUAAGACGGCAGUCUACUGCGGAAAGGAACAUCAGAGACAGGCAUGGUCUUCACACAAGCCCGUCUGUUUCAGUCCCGCAUUCUGAACCGCCCCGAUUCCCUUCCGGACUCUACUGGAUUGUGCGUAAGAGUGCCUCGUGUGUUUACGCGCUUUCCACGACGGCAUACCUCUAUCUGGAUACAGCCCGGUCCCGACUGAUGAUGUGUUGCUGCAAAUUCGAUGCCUCAAGGCAGGCGGCGUACCGAAUACAGAC